GAAGAUUCAAACCCACAGAAUCAUCAGCACAUUGGAAACUUACUCACUCACUCUUCUUCUUCUUCGUUUCACCCACUCACUUCCUUCAUUCAUUCUCUCUCUCUCUCUCUCAAAAUCUUUUUUUUACUUCUCUCUCUCUCUCCCUAAAACAAAAUGGGUAACGUGUUUGACAGUAGCAAGACAAUAUGGGCAAACAUGAACCAUGGAUCGUCACGUUACGCUCUUAACGGCAAAAUCAUGCUUGCUUCCGUCAUCAUCCUCUUCGUCGCCGUCAUUUUAAUCCUCUGUUUUCACAGCUACGCCAGAUGGUUAUUCCGCCGUCAAAACCGCCGUAUUCACCGCCGUAUCAGCGCUCACCUCCGAUCACUCUCCGCCGCUAGAGACCCUACCCAAUCCUCCGCAUCUCUCUCUCCUCUCGAUCCCACGGUGCUCGAGAAGAUCCCGGUGUUCGUUUACUCCGUCAAAACCCAUGAAUCUCCACUGGAGGAGUGCUCUGUUUGCUUGUCGGAGUUCGAAGAAGACGACGAAGGACGUGUCCUUCCCAAAUGCGGACACGUGUUCCAUGUUGAUUGUAUCGACACGUGGUUUCGGUCGAGAUCUAGCUGUCCGCUUUGUAGAGCUCCGGUUCAACCUGUACAACCGGUUACCGAAUCAGAACCGGUUCCUGCCUUGUUCCCAUCGGUUAAGCCAAUUGAGGAUACCGAAGCCGGAAGUUCGUCAUCGUCUGACGAAUCCGAGUCAUCGACGCCGUCUUCAUCCUCCGGUUCGCCGGUGAGAUUUCCGACGGAAGCUUGUGAGAGAGCACCACCGAUUGAUUUAAUCGGUAUAAUUGUGGAGAUUCCCAGGGAAUUUGAAGAUUCUAAUUCCGGUCUACCCGGAGAUAACGGGUCGAUAAUAACCGGGCUUCAUUGAAAAGGCUAUGGAGUAUUUGAUUACUUUCCUCUGUUCUUGCAACAUUGGACAGUGAUUGAAUCCGACCCGGUUCUUGGAGGGGAAAACGGGUGGGCAUGAUAUUCGAGUGGGCUAAUUCGGACUCUAAAGACUGGACCGACCCGGUGGGCGGGCAGAAUCGUAUUUGUGGCAUGGAAGAUGACACAUGGCGUUUUGGAGAUCCACGUGGCGAUCAUUGAGACGUUUGCUUUUACAGAGAGACGGCGUUUGGAAAAACAGAAAAAAAAAAAGCGAACGGAAGUGAUGUAUAAAGUAACGGAGCCGUUAGAUCAAUGUAUAUACUGGACGGUGUCGUUUUAAGAGUAGGGAGAAGCAAAUCGCUAAGCGAAUUUACCCUCCCAGACCAAAACUAUUCUCUUUGUUUUUUUUUUCCUCCUUCUCUUAAAAAUGGUUGAUUUGGAGACAUGUAACUAAAAUAAGUGAAGAGUAAUCUCAACGGUUCAAGGACAGUCAUGUGAUGGAGAUAUUAUCUUGUUUCUGUAAUUACAAGUAUAAAUCUCAUUCAUUAAUUAUUAUUUUUAACCUUAUGUUGGCCUCUAAUGUUGUUGUACAGAUUUGUACUAAAAGAUUAAUAAUCCAUCUAUUGUUUUUUUA